AUGGAGCCCAUUGCCAAGCGUCUAAAACAGUCUGCCGAGAGUGCUCUACACUUGACAAUACAAGGAAAAGAGAAGGAAGAUAUUACUGAACGUAUUAGGUGUCUUGAAGCUGAGCUUGGAGGUGAAGGAAAUGGCGACUCCAGCGACUCCGACUCCGAAUCGGAUUCUGACAAUGACAAAACUGAAGCAGUCGUGAAUCUAUCCACUUACUCGGAGCGUAUUGAAUCGCUGCCUGAUAGUAUGUUACCAGCUCCAAGAUCAUCAAUGAAUCUGCCACUAGCCAUGAAGAAACGCAAGAAAACGCAACAGGAAGAAAACGAGCAAGCAGCCAAGAAAGCACUGGAGCUGCUGGGAGACGCGUUAACGUUCCCAAAGAAAGUUCCGUUUGCCUGCAAGUCAUGCAAGUUUAUUGGAAAGAAUAUGGAGGAGUUUCAAGCCCAUCGAACGUCUAAGGAACAUUUGGAGCGUGUACAGACUGGAGAUAAGGCGUUGCAUUGUGUUUUGUGCAAAAAGUCUUUUACUAGUCAAGUCCAAGUGGAUGAACACCGUGCAGGCAAGUGGCACAAGCAGCGUGCCCAGCAGAAGAAGGAGAGACACACAGUCAAAGUUUGCUAUGAUUUUAUGCGUGGAGAGUGCAAAUGGGGUGAUGGCUGUAGCUUUGAACACACAGAGACAAAGGCCAUGCGCUCUGGACGUGCAUUUGAAAAGACACGCAAUCAAGUGUGUGACAACUUUAUGCGUAAUAGGAAAUGCCGCUUUGGUGACAAGUGUCUCUUCUCGCAUGAUGCAGAAUAG